AUGAAUGAGGUGGAUGACGAGCCAAACGGCUAUAAUUACGACUGGUACAAUCAGCACUCGCAACUUCUUGAAAAGGUUUCAAAUGUUGAGGAGAAACUCCAUUCACCAGUCUUGUGUCUUGAUGUUUCAACAAAAAGUAUCGAUGAUUUAGAAAACAGUGUUUGUGGAUCAGUAUUGAUGGAAGUUGAUGAGUUUGAAUCCUCUAGUGAGGCACCGAAUCCACACUCAAGUGUUGCAGACAAACAAGAGGAGAGAAAUCAUAGUAAUCCUGAAACAUCAACAUUUAUUAAUAAAGAUUCUACCGGACCCCAAACUUCAAAUGUCACCGUGAGAAAAAUUAUGAAAAGAACAGUGAAAAAAAAAAGGUUACAAAGUAAUUUAUCCAGGAAGAAACGAAGGAGGGAAAGUGAAUGGCUUGACAACAACGCAAAAGAUAAGAGGGCCAAAGGUAAAGAAGGCAUAGGCCGAACGGGGCCGAUUGAAGCUAAAGUUAUGGGACUAGGGCCACACGACGAGUAUUAUGGAUUAGCUGACAAAAUGGAACAAUGGACAUGCUUAAGUAACUGGAUUUCUGUCAAAACCCAGAGUGAACAAGAUCAAGAGACUAUUGAACUUGCAGAACUGUUCAACAAGAAAAAACCGAGAACCUACCUUGAGAAGGGCCUCUCUGUUACGAAAAUGUACAAAAUGUAUCUUCAAGAGAAUAAUGUAUGUACAACUAAGUCAAACGAGAAGGAGACUAACAUCCAGCAAGAAGAAAGACAAGAAGUGAAUGAUGACAAUCACGGAGAAGAAGAAGAAAGUGACGAUGAGGAAGAAAAUGAAGAAGAAGAACAAGCAUUGAAUAUGGAAGAAGAAACGAAUAAAGAUGAUGAAAGCAAAAAAACAAGAAAGCCAUGA